AGAAGGACCAAGAAUGUCCUCCCCAGCCACAGGGAACCAGAGCUCCUCGGGGGCGGCAGAUGACUACUCCUGGUACAUCGAUGAGGCCCCGGGGGCCGAGGAGCUGCAGCCGGAGGGGGCAGUGCCCUCCUGCCACCCCAGUGUGCCGCCCGGCCUGCCCCACGCCUGCCUUGCCUCGCUGUCGAUCCUCGUGCUGCUGCUGCUGGCCUUGCUGGGGAGGCGCCACCGGCUCCGGCCUGGCUGUGGGCACGGCAGGCCGGGCCUGCCCAGCCCUGUGGACUUCUUGGCUGGGGACAGGCCCCGGACAGUGCCUGCUGCUGUCUUCGUGGUCCUCUUCAGUUCUCUGUGUUUGCUGCUCCCCGACAAGGACCCGCUGCCCUUCCUGAGCCUCGCCUCACCGCCCAGCCCAGACGGGGAAACUGAGACUCCACGAGGGUCCUGGAAGAUGCUGGGCCUGCUCUAUUACGCGGCCCUCUACUACCCGCUGGCCGCCUGUGCCACGGCUGGCCACAGAACCGCACACCUGCUCGGCAGCGCACUGUCCUGGGCCCACCUUGGGGUCCAGGUCUGGCAGAAGGCAGAGUGUCCCCAGGCACCCCAGAUCUACAAGUACUACUCCCUGCUGGCCUCCCUGCCUCUCCUUCUGGGCCUCGGAUUCCUGAGCCUUUGGUACCCGGUGCAGCUGGUGAGGAGCUUCAGCCAUGGGACAGGCUUCGAGGGGCUGCGGAGCAGCGACUCUGAGGAAUACCUGAGGACCCUCCUUCGCCGGAAGACGCUGGAGAGCAGCUCCCACUCCCCCAAGCAUGGCUUCCUGUCCCCGGCCUGGGCCUGCCUCCGACAGUGCGUCUACACUCCACAGAGAGGAUUCCGCCUCCCCCUGAAGCUGGUGCUUUCAGCCACCCUGACAGGCACGGCCAUUUACCAGGUGGCCCUGCUGUUGCUGGUGGGCGUGGUCCCCACCAUCCAGAAGGUGAGGGCGGGGGUCACCACGGACGUCUCCUACCUGCUGGCCGGCUUUGGGAUCGUGCUGUCAGAGGACAGGCAGGAGGUGGUGGAGCUGGUGAAGCACUAUCUGUGGGCUCUGGAAGUUUGCUACAUCUCAGCCGUGGUCUUGUCCUGCUCACUCACCAUCCUGGUCCUGGUCCGCUCGCUGGCAGCACACAGGGCCAACCUUCGAGCUCUGCACAGAGGGGCUACCCUGGACCUGGGUCCCCUACCCCAGAGCUCCCACCCCUCCCGCCAAGCCAUAUUCUGUUGGAUGAGCUUCAGUGCCUACCAGACUGCCUUCACCUGCCUUGGGCUCCUGGUGCAGCAGAUCAUCUUCUUCCUGGGAACCACAGCCCUCGCCUUCCUGGUGUUUGUGCCUGUGCUCCACGGCAGGAACCUCCUGCUUCUACGAUUUCUGGAGUCCUCGUGGCCCUUCUGGCUGACUUUGGCCCUGGCUGUGAUCCUGCAGAACGUGGCAGCCAACUGGGUCUUCCUGAAGACACAUCACGGACGUCCGGAGCUGACCAACCGGCGAGCACUCUACGCAGCCACCUUUCUUCUCUUCCCCCUCAACGUGCUGGUGGGCGCCGUGGUGGCCGCCUGGCGAGUGUUCCUCUCUGCACUCUACAACGCUGUCCACCUCGGCCAGGCAGACCUCAGCCUGCUGCCCCCGAGAGCUGCCACUUUUGACCCUGGUUACCACACAUACCGCAACUUCUUGAAGAUUGAAGUCAGCCAAUCGCAUCCAGCCAUGACAGCCUUCUGCACCCUGCUCCUGCGAGCACGGAGCCCCCGGCCCUGGACCCCGCCAGCCCCCCAGGACAGCCUCAGGCCAGGGGAGGAAGAAGGGUUGCAGCUGCUGCAGACAAAGGACCCCAUAACCAGGGGAGCAGGGCCCAGGGCCAGCUGCGGCAGGGCCCGCUGGGGCCUGGCCUACACGCUGCUGCACAACCCAGCUCUGCAGGCCUUCCGGAAGACAGCCCGGCCAGGUGCCCGGGCCAAUGGCACCCAGCCCUGA